CUAAGCAUCCCUUUAGCAAAGGAGCAUGCUGUCCCGGAGAAAGGUGAGCAGACACCCCGUUUACCUGGGUCCUUGCUCCAUAACUGCUCUCCUGGGUGCAAGCGCGCACAGCCCAGCCAGCUCCAACCUCACCCUCAAGGAUGUCUCCUCUCUCCCAGAGCCUCUGAACUGGAGGGGAGCCUUCAGCUUCACAGAGGAGCAAGCUGACAAAAGUCCUCGCCACCUAACCCAUUGCACACCUGCUGAAGCAACCCAAGGAUCCCCCUUAAAGGGCCAUGACACUGCGCACUGAUGGAUAAGAGCAGUUACAAGCUUGAAGAGACACCACCGUGGGAGUCCACCUGGCCCAGUAUCUGGGGUGGAAAUAAUGUGACACAAGACAGAAAGAGGGGUGUAAACCCCUGAGGGCUCCUGGGGGAGGGGGUAGCAAACAAGCCAGGGCAGGAUGACAGCAUAGGCACAGCAGGGCUGUGGCAGGGGUGGGCAAAGGGCAACCAGGACCCCAGCCUCCCCCUGGCAGAACUCUGUUUCUCUCGAGGAUAAAAAAGGAAACUUGCAGAAAUGCUCUGAGCAGACCUGAGUCUGCAGAGAGCCUGAAAUAGCAGAGCACAGGCUGCCCCUUUUCUCUAACUCUGAAUCCAGGCCCCAGCCAGGGAAGGUGGGGGCUGAGGCAGGGGGUCCCCAGCGCAGGAUGCCUCUAGACUGAGCCGUGGCUCUCAACCAUUUGAGGCAGCCCUGUAUUUUUUUGACUACGGAAAAAUAACAGAGGAAGUCUUCUGUUGCAAAGCGCUCAGAAAGAGCGCACCAGGGGAGAACGGUUGUGACGCUACAGAUUUCCACUGGGUUUGUCUUGUGAAUCGUAUCUGCACACUGAACUGUGCUAACCCAGCGUGGCACCCUUGUCGGGACCUCAGCAUCUGCAUGGCUUGGCUCCGCGAGGGAAGAGCUGGGGGAGGAAACACCCGGGAGGGAGACUGGCAGGUACUGGCAGCUCUGGCAUGGGAUUCAGAAAGGAGGGAUCAGGCUAAAAACCUUCCCCGGGAGAUCCACCAGCCUGUGGGAUCAUCUUCCACGUGGCCUGGUCCGACCGCUAUCACAGGACACAGGGCGCACCCGAGAACCCGUGCUGCAGGGACUGCCCUGGGUGGGGGGACCAGAUGGUUUUGCAGGCCUGGCCCAUCUCCAAUUGCUGUGAUGAAUCACCCGGCGCUGCUGAUGAGAGGAGCGGCUUCCCGCGGGCAAGAGGCUCAGCGAGCUGCUGAGGCUGUCAGCAGUGGUAACCCCGUAUUCUUACGUGGACUACCCCUGCCGCCGGACUCCUAACUGCGAUCCCACUCCCUUGGUGCAGGGCGUGGACUGGACCUAGUUAGAAGCAGUUCCUGUGCAUCAAGAGCUCAAACUCUCAAUUAGCAGAGCAGGGGAGGCGGAAGGAAGGGAAAUGAUUCACCGAGCACCCAGCAAAUGUGGUUGAGCCAGGCUUAAAGCAGCAGUACCCAGAGAGGGGCUGAAACCACAUUACCAGUCUACUAGAGCCCUGGCAAGAGGCAGCAUCAAAUCCAAGUCCAGAGCCAAGCGUGUAUCUGGAGGUAGCAGGGCCCCCCUGAAGCACAGGAGCCACAGGCGGGCUCUCCCCUGCGAUAACACAGGGCAUGGGGAGAGCUCAGCUGCCCCAGAGAAGAGCCAAAGCCAUGCAGACACCAGCAAGCGUGUGCACCUCUGCCAGCAGACUCUUUGGGGUCCUGGGUUUCAUGCCAGGCCCAUGAAGGACGGCAAGCUAAGCAGCACGGCGGGUAGCAGCGAAAGAGGGAGGAAUAGGAGGCGGCGGCGGAGGAAGGGAAAUAGUGAGGCCUCGUCCUCGGCCUCCUGGGCAGAGGAAAUGGGAAAUCCAGGAAUGCACCGCCCCUGCCAAUUCUUGGGAGUACACUCCCUCUCUGCCCUUCCCCACGCCCAGCUGGGCUGGAGAGCAGAGGAAGUCCCCAGCUGCCAGCUGAAAAGCCAACCCUGAUCCACUGCGCUUCCAGGAGCAGCCCUUGCACUGCUUGUUUGCACCCCCCAGGCCUGAGUAGUGGAGGUCUGACCCAAUAGCCCCAUUAUUUUGGAUCGGUGUCCAGGUGGAAAGGCAGGUCCGAUGCCUUGGGCUCCUAUUCAAGCUGGAGCUGGCCCCCAUCCCUAUCAGAUGCAGAGGCUGCAUCUCCGGCACCCUGAAGAGCUCUGCUUCAUGUGCCCGGUUCUGCAAACUCCCACAGGCGUGAGCCCACCGGUGGGAUUUGCUCUGGUGAGCAAGCCCUUGCAGCAUCUCCUAGUCUUCCAGUCCCGGGACAGCGCUGCCGAGGCCAAAGCCCGACAGGCAGCCCACCUCCCUGCUUCCAGCUGAACUGAAGGGUGCGAUGGCCUUAACCCUCCUCUCCACAGAAGCAUGGCUCGGCCAUGCCAAGAAAGCCCAGCUAGCCCGUGCUCUGCGAGCUCUAGCACCAGGCUUGGGGCAAGCAGCAAGAUUGCUCCAGACUGGGACCACACAGCAGCCGCCUGCGAGAUGCCUUCUGCUGCCGCUGAGCAGCCUCGCUCCAUUUUGGGGAUGGAUGAUGCAUUUUUUCCACUAACUCAUGUUCAAGCCUCUUUAUUUAAAGGCACAACAUCAGUUCUGACAAAGAGAAAGUUCACGGUUGGUCUCUGCCACACAAACCCCACCCCGAGCCUGGGCUUCGAGAGCACCCCCCUCCCGCCAGGGAGAAGCCAACGCAGAGCGGGACGGAGAGGAAGCUGCUGCAGUUGGAUGCUAUUUUUAACGGGUUUGGCAUCGUCUGCAGGCAGUUUGUGAGCCAGAUCUUCACUCCCCCUGCUCCCCCUCUGUGGCAGAGCCAGCUGCACCUGGACCGUGUUUGAACGGCACGUGGGCAGGUCUGAAAGCAGCUCCCCGCGUCCCCUCAAAUAGCGCGAGGCGAGACGACCCACCUCCCCUUGAAAGCUCUGCCGGAGGGGAGACGACGAGAUGGCCGCCCUCAUCGCUGAGAACUUCCGCUUCUUCUCGCUCUUCUUCAAGAGCAAAGAUGUGAUGAUCUUCAAUGGCCUGGUGGCUCUGGGGACGGUGGGCAGUCAGGAGAUCUUCUCGGUGGUUGCCUUCCACUGCCCCUGCUCCCCAGCCAGGAACUACAUCUAUGGGCUGGCUGCCAUCGGCGUCCCGGCCUUGGCCCUCUUCCUCAUCGGCAUCAUCUUGAACAACCACACGUGGAACCUGGUGGCCGAGUGCCACAAGCGGGGCACCAAGAACUUCUCCAGCCCGGCCACCUUCCUGCUCUUCGGCUCCAUCCUGGGGCGGGCAGCCGUGGCCCCCAUCACCUGGUCCGUCAUCUCAUUGCUCCGUGGAGAAGCCUACAUCUGUGCCCUGAGUGAAUUUGUGGCUCCAACGUCUUUGGACAAGUUUCCAGCUGAGUACAAAGCAGAAACCCUGGCCGUGUUCCCUUGUAAAGAGGUGCCGACGAACCUGACUCACUUUAAAGAAGAAGUGAUCAGAACAUUAAGAUACGAGUCUCAGCUCUUAGGAUGGCUGCUCAUUGGUGUUGUUGCGGUCCUGAUUUUCCUCUCCAAGUGCUUGAAACACUGCUGCUCACCGCUGAGCUACCGGCAGGAAGACUACUGGGCCCAGUACCGCUCCAACGAGGCCAAGCUCUUCCGCCGCACCGCCGAAGUCCACUCCAAGAUCCUGGCUGCCGGUAACGUCAAGCAGUUCUUCGGCUUCGUGGCUCUGAGCAAGGAGGAGAAGGAGCUGGUGGAGGAGUUCCCAGUGGAGGGGGUCCAGCCGAGCCCGCAGUGGAACGCUAUCACGGGGGUCUACAUCUACCGGGAAAACAAGGGCUUCCCGCUCUACAGCCGGCUCCAUAAAUGGGCCAAAGGGGUUGAGGGAAAUGGACCAGGGCCUGAUGGUCAGGAAAUGGCCUUCCUAGCUGUCUAAGCGAGCCAGCUGCCCAUGGGAGGAGGGACCAGUUCCCCAUGCUCUGUCACUUUAUACUCUAUAAUCAACUCAGGUGCACGGUGACCAGAUACGCUGUGAAUGAUCCUCCAGAUAGGAUUAUUCUUCUUAGACCACAGCAAGCCACAGGGCAUCAACAGCUUCUGGAUAAAGACCAGCUGCACCGUGCUGUGCUGGGGAACCAGACCCUAUCUCUCUGGGAUACAACUGUCACUGCUCCUCCCACAAAGUGGAGCAUAACGCAGACGCAUGCACCUUACCUACCGCCUAGCAAGGCAGCACAGGCAGAACCCUUGGGUCCUGCACAUGCAGGGAUAAAUUGAGGACCAAAGUUGAGGACCAAAUAUCUCAGCAUGGCUGAGGUCCCUGUUUCCCACCUGUAAAUGCUGCAGCCUCUUGGCAUUCCUUCAUUUCAGAGGGGGUGGAGAAAAAAAAAUCAUGCCUUCAUCUUGCAGGUCUACCGUGCCUUUCCUGCAGAAGCACCCACAGCACUUCAGAGACUGUAGCAGAGUGGGAGGGAUUCACUUCCGAUUUGCUGUACAUAGAAAUGAAGCGUAUGCACUGGCUAAUAUCAGUGGCGAGCAGCAACUUCACCCUUCUUUAAUUGUGCUUCUCAGACUCUUUCUAUUGCCUUAAAUGACUCCUGGACUAGCCCCACUAUAGCCUUAUGAACCACGCAUCACCAAGAAAGAGAUGCAGGUGGAGUUUACGUUUCCUCCUCUCGACAUGCCAUUGUGUCAACCACUUGCUUUUCCAGCGUGGCAGUUAAACAGGUUUUAGUUGCAUGUUGAAUGACAUGUACACAAUUGUUUCUAUGUUAAGGAUCGGUGGCAUACUGGAGAUUGCUUUUCUUAUUUAUAGUGCUCCUUUUUCUAUA